GCUUCCAUUCCUGGAAAGGUGUGCAGAGAGACUUGAGCACUCCAAGGUGUCCCUGCUGGAGUUCCAGAAGUUCUUGCUGGAGUAUCAGAUGGAACUCUGGGCUACAGACAUCCUCCAGGUUCAGGAGUUCAUGUUUAACUUUCUGAGAGACCCCCUGAGAGAGAUUGAAGAGCCUUAUUUCUCUCUGGAUGAGAUACUUGCCUUCCUCUUCUCCAAAGAGAACAGCAUCUGGAACUCGCAGCUGGACGCGGUGUGCGCGGAGAACAUGAACAAUCCCCUCUCCCAUUACUGGAUCUCCUCCUCGCAUAACACGUACCUGACGGGGGAUCAGUUCUCCAGCGAGUCCUCCUUGGAAGCCUACGCGCGCUGUCUGCGCAUGGGAUGCCGCUGCAUUGAGUUGGAUUGCUGGGACGGCCCCGAUGGGAUGCCCGUGAUUUACCAUGGACACACUUUAACCACCAAAAUCAAAUUCUCUGACGUCUUGAUGACCAUCAAGGAACAUGCCUUCAUGACCUCUGAAUAUCCUGUCAUCCUGUCCAUUGAAGAUCAUUGCAGUAUUGCUCAGCAGAGGAACAUGGCUCAGAAUUUUAAGAAGGUUUUUGGGGACAUGCUUUUGACCAAGCCGGUGGAUAUAUCCGCUGAUGGGCUCCCCUCCCCGAACCAGCUGAAGAGGAAGAUUCUCAUUAAGCACAAGAAGCUGGCGGAGGGCAGUGCUUAUGAAGAGUUGCCGACAUCUGUAAUGUAUUCGGAGAAUGAUAUCAGCAACUCCAUAAAGAACGGGAUCCUCUACCUGGAAGAUCCCAUCAAUCACGAAUGGAAUCCGCACUACUUUGUCCUGACCAGCAGCAAGAUCUAUUACUCUGAGGAGACGACCGGCCACCCGGGAAACGAGGAUGAAGAGGAACCAAAGGAGGUGAGCAACAGCACUGAACUUCACUCGACUGAGAAGUGGUUUCAUGGCAAGCUGGGGGCCGGGCGUGAUGGGCGCCACAUAGCAGAGAGGCUGCUGAUGGAGUACUGCAUAGAGACGGGCGCCCCUGAUGGGUCUUUCCUAGUACGAGAGAGUGAAACCUUCGUGGGAGACUACACCCUCUCUUUCUGGCGCAAUGGGAAGGUGCAGCAUUGCCGCAUCCAUUCCCGGCAGGACGCCGGCAGCCCCAAGUUCUUCCUGACCGACAACCUGGUGUUCGACAGCCUCUACGACCUCAUCACCCAUUACCAGCAGGUGCCUCUGAGGUGCAACGAGUUCGAGAUGAAGCUGACUGAGCCUGUGCCGCAGACCAACGCCCACGAGAGCAAAGAGUGGUACCACGCCAACCUCACCCGGGCCCAGGCCGAGCACAUGCUGAUGAGGGUGUCGCGGGACGGAGCCUUCCUAGUGCGCAAGAGGAGCGAGCCCAACUCUUAUGCGAUCUCGUUCCGGGCGGAAGGGAAGAUCAAGCACUGCCGAGUGCUGCAGGAGGGCCAGACCGUGCUCCUGGGCAACUCCGAGUUCGACAGCCUGGUGGAUCUGAUCAGCUACUACGAGAAGCACCCGCUCUACCGCAAGAUGAAGCUGAGGUACCCCAUCAACGAGGAGACGCUGGAGAAGAUUGGGACAGCGGAGCCAGACUAUGGAGCCCUUUAUGAAGGACGCCAUCCGGGAUUCUACGUGGAGGCCAAUCCCAUGCCAACCUUCAAGUGUGCCGUCAAGGCCCUGUUCGACUACAAGGCGCAGCGGGAAGACGAGCUAACCUUCAUGAAGAACGCCAUCAUCCAGAACGUGGAGAAGCAGGAAGGAGGCUGGUGGAGAGGAGAUUAUGGGGGCAAAAAACAGCUGUGGUUUCCUUCCAACUACGUGGAGGAACUAGCCAGCCUCAGUGGCCAGGAGCCCGACAGGGAGCAGCUAGACGAGAACAGCCCCCUGGGAGUCCUGCUCGGAGGCACCCUGGAUGUGCCGUCCUGCCAGAUAGCCAUCCGCCCUGAGGGGAAGAACAACCGCACCUUCGUCUUCUCCAUCAGCAAGGCCUCCAUGUCGCGCCCAUCCAUGGACGUGGCGGCUGACACACACGAGGACCUGCUGGACUGGGUGAAGAAGAUCCGGGAGGCAGCCCAGACUGCUGACGCCAGGCUCUCCGAAGGGAAGAUGAUGGAGAGGAGGAAGAAGAUCGCCCUGGAGCUAUCGGAACUUGUCAUCUACUGCCGGCCCGUCCCCUUCGAUGAAGAGAAGAUUGGCACAGAAAGGGCCUGUUACAGGGACAUGUCGUCCUUCCCCGAGACCAAGGCGGAGAAGUAUGUCAACAAGAUCAAAGGCAAGAGGUUCCUGCAGUACAACCGGCUGCAGCUCUCCCGCAUCUACCCCAAGGGCCAGCGCCUCGACUCCUCCAACUACGACCCCCUGCCCAUGUGGAUCUGUGGCAGCCAGCUGGUGGCGCUCAACUUCCAGACCCCAGACAAGCCCAUGCAGAUGAACCAGGCCCUGUUCAUGUCCGGCGGCCAGUGUGGGUACGUGUUGCAGCCGGCCAACAUGCGGGACGACCUCUUCGACCCCUUUGACAAGAGUACGGUGCGCGGGCUGGAGCCGCUCUCGGUCUCCAUCGAGAUCCUUGGGGCACGACAUCUUCCCAAAAAUGGGAGGGGGAUCGUUUGCCCGUUUGUGGAGGUCGAGGUGUCUGGAGCGGACUACGACAAUGCCAAACAGAAGACGGAGAUCGUGGCGGACAAUGGCCUGAACCCCCUCUGGCCCCAGAAGCCCUUCAAUUUCCAGGUCAGCAACCCCGACUUCGCCUUCCUGCGCUUCGUGGUGUAUGAGGAGGACAUGUUCAGUGACGAGAAUUUCUUGGCGCAGGCCACGUUCCCAGUGAAAGGCCUGAAGACAGGGUACAGAGCUGUGCCGUUGAAGAACAACUACAGCGAGAACCUGGAGUUGGCCUCCCUGCUUGUUAAAAUAGAGAUCUUCCCCGGCAAGCAGGAAAAUGGAGAAAUUAACCUCUUCGGUGCCUCAGCCCUCCGAGAACGGACAGGUGACCCUUCAAGUCAGCUCCUGACAAACCGAGCCCGGGAAGGGUCCUUCGACGCCCGCUACCAACAGCCAUUUGAGGAUUUCCGGGAGCAGCUAGCAGACCAAUUUGACAGCCGAGAGCGAAGGGUACUGCGAAGAACCAGGGUGAAUGGGGACAACCGGCUCUAGCCCAACUUCGCCUGCUGAAAAGCACCUCUAGUGCUUGUGAUUAUCACGGAACGCUGUGAACUGGUUUCUAUGGAAACGUCACUGCUUUGGCCUACUUUCAGGCAGCUUUUCCAGUUUCUCUGCUGGUGUGUGUUUGAGUGGAGAAAUUAAAAAAAACUCACCACCCAACCACCUUCUACUACCAAGCCCAUAAUGAAGUGUAUUAAUGUGUAUAGCCUGUCAGCUAUUAAGGCUGGAGACAAAACUGUGUCUAUAAUCAAACAAACUCCCUUUGAGCCUAUAUCCUGAGAAAUCUAGAUCCCAGCCCUGCUCAGAAGCUGGUAGGGAAGCUUUUUACAGCAUUAACUCGAUGUAAAUGUUUCCCACUCCCUUGAGUGACCUGCCUCUUCUCCCUCCUUUUACAUGCCCCCAUAGGGAAGUACUUUCUAAGAACCAGGCAGGAUGCACCUCAGUCCUAUUGUUGUUGUAUCAAAGUACCUGUAUAGCCUCUGCCUCUGGGUCCAGUAGUGAAACUCAAAGUUUACAAGGCCCCUCUAGCUUUGUUACAAUAAAAAAAGUCAGUGUUAAGUGUGUAACGUCUCCGCUUUCUCGAGGUUUGCCCUAGCUGCCGAGUUCAUGCUCCACUGCAGAAGAGCGCCUAGUGGCCACUCUUCAGUGCGUUUCAAGCCAGCAGCUAGCUGUGGUUUUUGCAUGCAGUCUCUCUUACACCUUCAGGCGGACCUGGAGCUCGCUCGCUCUCCCUGCCUUCAUGUUGCCUUGUAAACAGUUCAGGCAAGGGGUCUGAAAUACUGUGGGUUAUUGCUCUCUGUCGCCCAAACUGCACAUCAGGUAGGGAACGCGUGCCGCGGAGGCCUGCAUGAGCACUCCCAACUGAAGGUGUAGCAAGAAAAUGGAGUGCAGAAAGCUGAGGCUCACCAGAGAAGCUACACGAGAUACUGAGCCAAAUUCAGCCCUGCUGGCAGCAGGUGCAGCUCCACAGAAGUUUCUUCCUACUUGGCGUGCAGCCACCAGUCUGGUGGUUUCUGGCAGUGCUGCUUCUAAAGGAACACUCCAGGCUGCUGAAACUCAUGUGACUGAGUAGCUCUGGUUUAGGUUAGGAGCUGGCAGUUGCAAAUUCUGCUUUGACUGGUGGCUUCUCCAGCUGAGAUUUAGACAAGUUGUUGCCACCCUUAUUUUGGAGGUGGCAAAGCUUUGCCUUUUCUUUUAAAGUGAGAGGAAGAACACCUCUGGCCGAGCGUUUGCAUGAUCUGCAGAGGGAAUGUGUCCUUUUCCAAACAGAACUGCUCCAGGGCUAGUGAUAAAUGGCUACUCAACUGCACAACAGUAACUCGUACCUGCUCUCUAGGCUGGGGUCUGAAUUUAGGUUAUUCAUGUAUUUAUCAUGGGGGUGGAAAGACAAGGCAGGAUAAUAGACCAUGCUACAGCCCUUGAGGCAGGCUGUAUGCUCCACAGCAGUGCACUAUAUUGUGUUUGGCUCUUGACUGGUAUUGCUUAAGAGCCAUACUCCCCACUCAGCCUGAGGAUUGUGUUCAGGUCACUCUUUUAAAGACCAGAAUGUCCAA